CCCUGAGCAUGUGGACCCACCCACUCUCCACCGGGAUCUGUCCGCAGGUCCCUGCCCUGAUCCCGGAAGCGCUGGGUCAUCUGUUUCGGUCCUAACAAGCCGCUAUGAGCAGAAUAUAUGAUGAUAAAGCGUUAGCGAACAGGCCGGUCAUCCCGGAGCCGGUGUCGGGGCGCUGGGAACCGGCUGAGCUGCAGCGCGGCCCUGGGGUGGUGCUGGAGGGAAGAUUGCGGGCCGUCAGCCGCCAUCAAAUCAUCGAGAGCGGAAAGAGCACGCAUCGUUAUUUCAUUCUUUAUAUUCAACCAACAAGGAUCCAUAAAAGAAAGUUUGAUUCUGCUGGUGUGGAGAUUGAACCAAAUUUCAGUGAAACUAAAAAGGUCAACACUGGCUAUUUGAUGUCUUCCUUCAAGGUGGAAGCAGCGGGACAGACAGACAAAAUUUUGGUUGAAGAUCUGAAGCGAUUAAUUAAUAAACCAGAGCUUAUUAAAAUCUCAGAGAAACACACCCCCAAUCAGAGCUUGGCAUUCUGGAUCUCAGAGGGAGAGGUGGAAGACAUUGAGCUGGAGGUUGAAGAUUGUUUACGACUGAAAACCUUGGGGGACAGUCCUUUUAUUUUUUCACUGGCCAAAAUGGAUGCUGGAACUGUGACUAAAUGCAACUUCGCAGGAGGCGAAAAGGUUGGAGCUUCUUGGACUGACAAUGUAUUUGCUGCAAAGCACAAAACUGAGCAAGAGACCAAAGCUACCCAAGGAGAAGGUGCUGAUGAGGAUGAAUGGUCAGAGGACAUGCAACAGCAGAUCAUCCGAGAGACAUUCCAUCUAGUGUCCAGGCGAGAUGAAAAUGUCUGCAACUUUUUGGAAGGUGGCAGUUUGAUUGGUGGGUCUGACUACAAGCUGAUAUAUCGACACUAUGCUACUCUGUACUUCCUGUUUUGUGUUGACUCGUCUGAGAGUGAAUUGGGAAUUCUGGAUUUGAUACAGGUGUUUGUGGAAACAUUGGACAAGUGUUUUGAGAAUGUCUGUGAGCUGGAUCUUAUCUUCCACAUGGAUAAGGUUCAUUGCAUUCUUCAAGAGGUAGUAAUGGGAGGAAUGGUUCUAGAGACAAACAUGACUGAGAUUGUGUCACAGGUCGAGGCACAGACAAAACUGGAAAAAUCUGAGGCUGGGUUUUCUGGAGCUCCUGCCCGUGCAGUCUCUGCUGUCAAGAACAUCAAUCUGCCAGAUAUCCCACGCAACAUCAAAGUUUCAAACCUGUCUCCAUUUGUGUAGAAGGAUAGUUUGUAUUAAUGAUACCCGGUCACCUAUUACAUCCACCUGUAAAUACUGAAGCUUUUCUUACAUCAGCUUUUCAUUUGAAGGUUGUUGUUGUAAAAAUAUGAUGGCUUGUGGUGGUUUUCUCCUUUGCAACCUCAGAUUCUAAAUUGUUACAAAAUUUAAUGCUGAUAGCAUCCCAGCUGAUGUGUGUGCAUUUGCAUUGGGCAUGAUGCAGGAGCACUUUAAACAUUAACCAGGGCCAAUCCUCAGUCAGGUGCUUUGAGUCAGAGUGGACACACUCUAAACUGUUAGCCAGGUUCACCCCAAAGAGAGGCAGUUAUCCAGAGACAGUCAACACCAACCCCUCACAGUAUCCACCAGAAAUUGGGGAGACAAAGUGAGGGAUUAUUUACUGUGGUCUUACAGUAAUGACACAAAUGGACAUCUGUGUACUCCGGAAGAAAUGCCUGUUGACUUCUCUGUCCUUUAUGUUGGAAGAUAAAGCGUAUAUUUGCCUCCAUUUGUGAACAUAAAAUGGAAAUUCCUGGAGUCAGUUUGUUGUUUUCUUUCAAGAUGGAAAAUUGACACAUGAUUUUAAAAAUGCAUCUGAAAUUAGUAAUACUGACAAUUAAAGCUCAUUUCAAUUUACCAAA